AUGGGUUUAACAUCAAGAGAUAAACGGGAUAUCUAUUACCGACUAGCAAAGAGCAAUGGUUGGCGAGCCAGGAGUGCCUACAAACUCAUGCAGAUCCAAGAGCAUUUCAAUAUCUUCAAAGGUAACGGUUUUUGACUUAUCUCCGCCUUUAGUCUCAUGGAAAGUAUAAAUUCUAUUCAGAUGUCUCGAAAGUAGUUGAUCUCUGUGCCGCUCCCGGUUCAUGGAGCCAGGUGAUAACCUCAGAGUUACACACAAAGCACGAGGACCCGUCGCAAGUGAGGAUAGUUGCAGUUGAUCUUCAACCAAUGGCGCCCUUGCCUGGAGUGAUUCAGCUAAAAGGGGACAUCACCGAGGAAUCGACGGCCGAAGCUAUUAUCGGACACUUUGAUGGACAAAAAGCGGAUCUUGUCGUCUGUGAUGGAGCUCCCGAUGUCACUGGUCUCCACGCUUUUGAUGAAUUUCUCCAAGGACAACUAGUAUUCGCCGCUUUUAAUAUAAGCACAUUUGUAUUGAAAGAGGGAGGAACAUUUGUGUCCAAGGUGUUCUUAGCUGGCGAUGGAGUCCUCUUGAAGACACAGAUGAGCUUAUUCUUCAAGCACGUUGACUUCUACAAACCUCAGAGCAGUCGGAUCAGCAGUUCAGGUAGGGUAAUUUUAUUUGUUCAUUCUUUUUCUUUUAGAAUCCUUUAUUGUUUGUCGAGAAUACCAACCACCAGCGGGGUAUACUCCGAAUCUAAAGAAUAUCCUGCACAGUCCUGAUUAUGGUAAGGUGGCGUCAUCUUUUUUAUGGAUAAUAUAAUUUUAGAGAGAGCCAAAGAAGAUCUGAAGGACAUCAACAAAGCAGUGGUCCCUUUUAUGUGUUGUGGAGAUCUUAGUGGAUUCGACUCGGAAAGAAGUUUUGAUUUGGAUACCAAAGGACUUCUCGAUCAGCUUCGGGAUAAAUUGGGAUCAGUCGAACUAAAGGAAGGCCUUAGGGCAGUAGCCCCGCCAACAGAACCCGCUUAUAAAGAAGCCUUGGAGAAGAAGAAGACUGGUUUGUUGGAUCGACCAGUUUAA